AUACAAACAAAAGACAACAGACAACAACACUACAAAACAGACGGAAAUUGCCAAACAACACAUUGCAACCMUUCCCUAGAGCAACAUGGACAACAAAAACACUAACGAUGCCGACACCGAUCACAAAAUAAUGAUGGAAUCCACUUCCACCGCCAAUAUUGAAAGCGCAAGUAGUUCCGCGGAAGCACAUCCGAGCGAGCCAGUGGCUACGAGCAACGGCAUUGUCACGAAGAGCAACGACGAUACCCACAAUACAAUACGGAGCGGCGACGAAAACGACGACGACGAAGUCCUACAGGAGGAAGACGACGAGGAACAAAACGACACUGUUCCCACUUCACGCGCAUCCUGCUACAAGAAAACCGCCGUUGGCCUUGUUCUUCUCGGACUCAUCAUCUUCGUCAUUGCCGAUUCGCUAACGAACCAGCACAUCAAGACGGGUCUGCUCGCCUUUUUGGAAUGGAUCGAGGACCACCUGGUGGUGGGCGUCCUGAGUUUUGUGCUGGUGUACUUUCUGGCCACGGUGUUCUUUAUCCCGGGCAGCAUUCUGACGCUCGGUGCCGGCUUUGUCUUCUCGUCCGCGAUGGACUCGUUGUGGAUUGGGGUCUUGCUGGGAACCGCUGCCGUCUUUGUGGGAGCCUCUCUGGGUGCAAUCGUGGCCUUUUUGCUCGGACGGUAUCUCUUUCGGGAAGCGGUGGCGGUCAAGCUGACGCAAAAAUACAAGAUCUUCGAGGCCAUCGACCGGGCCCUCGAACAGAACGGACUAAAAAUCAUGGUGUUGCUGAGGCUGUCUCCGAUUUUCCCCUUCAAUGCCCUCAACUACAGCAUGGGCAUCACGGCCAUCCGAUUCUGGGACUACGUUCUGGCCUGCCUGGGGAUGCUCCCCGGAACGAUCGUCUAUGUGUUUCUGGGGGCCUCGGCCGGUAGCCUGGCGGAACUCGGGGGCGACGAAGACGAAACCGAGGAAGACGACGACAACAAGACGGUCACCAUAGUGGUGAUCGUUGUCGGGGUGGUCUUUGGGUUUUUGGCCGUCGGUCUGACUUCGUAUUAUGCCAAGCAAGAACUCAACAAGGUGCUGGAGGAAGAGGCGGAACAGAACGACGAAAGCAACAACGGCGUCGACGAGAACGCGGAGGAAGAGAUCAGUGUCUGAUGCGAUGCUACCGAUGCCACUCUCGAACCUUCGUACAUACCUAUACUAUACUAAUAUACUGUAAUCCUAAUCCUGCGAU